UAUAUCAAGAUAUUGUUUGCUGUUUGGUCUUUCAUUAUCGGAAUGAUAGGUGCAUACUGCAUACUCAGUCCUGAUUCACUGGUUCCUAAUUUAUUAUUGAUGUAUACAAGAGAAAAGAAGGUAUUAAAAGAUUAUGAUGAAUUAGCUAUGAUGAAGAUAGUUUGUACUGUUUGUGGUGAAAGAAAUUGUCCUAGACAUAGACCUGAACUCAAUAUAUUGGCCUUUCAACCCUGGACUAAUUUAGUAAUAAAUAAAAAGGUUGAUGAAGCUUUGGAGGAGUUUUUAAAUAUUGUUUUGAAAGAAUUUGUGUAUACAUGGUACAAAGAUUUAAGCUCUGAUGAAGAAUUUGUUGAUGAAUUAAAAUCGAGUAUCAGAUUUUUAGCUGCAGUUUUAUUCCGUAGAAUUAAAAAGUUGGACAUUCCUAAAUUAGUAACAGAGAAAAUAAUCAAAGCUGCAUUACAACAUUUAGAUUGCUGUAUACAAGCUCAAAAAAGAGCAUCAGAUAACAAAGACAUACAACAAGCUACUAUUAACUAUCUAGGUUCUAAUGUUCAUUGUUCUAUGUGGAAUAGGAAGGCAGAACUAGAAUAUCUACGUUGUAUGGUAGAAUGUUUAUUUCCUUAUGUUUUAAAACCAGAAGCUUUACAUUCCAAGAGUACGUGUACAUUAGUUAGAGAGAUAUUAGCUAAUUUAGUUUUAUUACCUGCUAUGGAUGCUAUUGCUAACCCUGAUAUGGUGAAUAAUCUGAUUUUAAUAUUUUUAGAUGAGACACCACCUCCUGAAGCAACAGAACCACCAUCAGAAUUAGUUCCAUUUCUUGACAAAUUUUCCAUAAAACAACCCAAAAAACCAAAUUGUUUACGUUUAGAGAUGAAACAUAUAAUGGAUAAAGAACAACCAGUAUUAUUAUAUGCUUUCAUGCAAUUUUUAAAAAAAGAAGCAGCCGUCAAUGUGUUACAGUUUUGUUUAGCUUGUGAUGAUUUUAACAGAAGAUUAUUAAGUCCUGAUCUGUCUCAAAGUGAAUUCCAUGAAUUGCAUGCCAUGGCCAAAGAUUUAUAUAAAAACUUUUGUGAUCCUACAGCUGUUGAUAGAAUAAAAUUUGAUGAAAAAAUAAUAGCUGAGCUUAAAAAUGUUAUUGAUAGUCCCCCAGAACAGAUUAUUAGAUUACAAAAAUCUUUUACAUUAUUUCAAGCAUAUGAACAUGCAUAUGAUUUGUUAGAAAAUACAUUUUUACCAUUAUUUCAUCAGAGUGACGAUGUAAGAACUUUAGUACAUGUUUCUCCGUGGCAGAUAAAGAAAUUUAGUACCAUACUUGGUAAAAAGAAGGAGUUUGGGUUUUCUAAUCUUGGAACUAAAUUAAAAGGAGUUUUUAAAUCAUCUUCAGGUAUAAUUUUAUAUAAUAUGGCAGUAGGUGGUGAAAUAGAUAUUACUACACCACCAGUAACUGUAAAUAUAGAUCGUACUGAUGAGGAAAAUGGUGGUAAACCUAAACACGAUUUAUCAACAUGGAGAGUAACUAUACCAAUGAUUGGUGCUAGACCAGAUCCUGAGAAUAUGAAAAAACAGUAUUUUGUAUUUAUUAUUGAUGUUGCCAGAGUAGAUAUUCCUGAUGGUGAAGGUGAGAGAACUAAUUGGACAGUAGCAAGAAAAUAUGGAGAAUUUUAUGUGUUAGAGCAGAAGUUAACAGAAUUUCAUGGUAAUGGUGAAUUUCCUGAUUGUCAACUUCCACCCAAAAAAUCAUUUGGAACUAAAAAUAAAGAUUUUAUUGAAGGGAAAAAGGAGGUAUUUGAACAAUACCUACAGAAAUUAUUAACUAAACCAUUAUUGAAGGGCAGUGAACUUGUGUAUAGUUUUUUAACCUCUUUAUCAGAAUUUAACUCCAGUUUCCUUCAAGAUAUCAAUAUAGGUAUAUUUGUCAAAUCAGUACCGAUGAAGCUAGUAAAAGAAAAAGGUCAACAUUUGGAUCCAUUUUUAUCAGCGUUUGCUGCCUCCACAGAAGCACCAAAACCAAAAUCAAUGUCACCCAAGAAUAGAAGUUUAAAGUUUAUUGUGAAUCAUUCUAAAAAAUUAACUACCUCCCUGUUUGAAAAUAAUAGUAAUUGUGGUUUUAAUCCUCCAAAAUCAACCGAGUCCACACUGACAGAGACAAGACAAGUAGAUGGAGUGUUUGAUUCUCUAGUAUAUAUAGCAACCUGUGUUUAUUAUGUGCCAAAAUGGUUUAUAAGUGUUCUAAUGACAUGUCGUAUAUUAAUUAAAGAAACAUUAGAGUCCUAUGUUGAAUGGUAUUUAGAUUAUAAAAUAACACAAGUUACUCAAGAACAUAGGGUAGUUAGUAUUAUACAUCUAUUACAAGAUGUUUUAUUUUUUGAUACAGAUCCUCCUAGGAGUGAUGAAGAGAAGAAAAGUAGGUAUAAUGAAACAGUAGAGGGGUGUUUACAAUAUGUACCUAGAUCAUUUGUCUCUAUGAUUGGAGAUGAAAAAUUUGAAAAAAGGACCAAAUUUAUACUUGAUAUUUUACAGCAACCUAAACUCAAUAAACAGUUAUCCUAUGUUUUACUAGAUAUUCUCAUAUCAGAACUGUUUCCAGAAUUAAAAUCAUGAAAGUUGAAAUUUGAGAGGUGUUUUAAAGGACCAUGUCAUCAUUAAUUAUCAAAUUUUAAUACAUGUCUUAUUGUCUUAAUGUCACAAUCAAUUAACUAUUAUGACAUGAGAAUUUAUUUAUCAAAAUUUUAAUUGGAGGGCUAAUUGAAAAGUUUUGAACCUUGUGUACCUGACUGUGGAUUACUUUUAAAAGUAUAUAGAUUUUAUAUUGCUUCCAGCUAAUAGAGCUCAGUUUCAGCUAACUUUUAGUUUUAAUAGCACCUAGUAAUAAAAUAAUAUUAAAGAUGACUAUCCAUUUCAUUCAUCUGGUACACCAUUAUCUGCACUAGGUCAAAAACCUUUCUAUUACCCUCUCAUAAAUAAUGCAUUCAAUCCAAACUGAAAUUAAAUACCAUAUCAAAGUGUAAGUGCAAUCUUUUUUUUUUUAAAAGAAAGAAGGUAUGAAGCAUGUAAGACGAAAUUAAUUUAUUGUUAUAAAUCUUUGUUGUUUAUUUAUUGAAAUAAAUUUGUUUAUCAUUGUUU